AGAGAAGAAAAGAAAACAAUUGGCGAGGCAAAAACCAACUCGCGCAGCACCUCGUGUGCCACCUCAUGUCGCGAAGCAAAUGUAUGUGAGAUUUCAUGGAUGAAAUUUUGGAUUUUGUGUUCAUGAUGGAGUUGAAGGAUAACAUGGUGACGAAGCUUUGAAUUACCGGUGUUCCUCAAGCUAUUCCAAGUUGUUUUGUUCCAUUUUUUGAGGAUUGAUGUUUGAAUGAUUGAGACCCCUUGUAUAAAUACACAUGUAAUUAACACAAAUCAUCAAUGAAAAUAUCCUUUCUACAUGGUAUCAGAGCCAACUAAACCCUAAACCUAAAACCUUCCCAUCGCCGUAUCUCUCUUCUUCGGCCCUCUCUCGCCGAUCUCUCCUUCUCGCUGCUCUGCACUGCCGGCAACCCUUCUCCCACCAUGGCUGACAAAGCUGAAAGUGCGAUCACCUCUCAAGACACCACCUCCAAAUCUCCCCACCUUGCCUUCACCACCAUCUCCAACGUGAAACUCCACGUUCCUAUUCAACUCAGUUUCUCACAACCCAAUUACAAAAAGUGGAGUCGAUUGUUUCUCCUCCUAGUUCGGCGCUUCAACCUCCAUAGGUAUCUCAAUGGCUCCGUCGUCCCCACCUCACAAGACGACGAUGAAUGGUUUCAACUAGACGCUCUUCUCCAGGGUUGGAUCAUCUCUACCAUCACCGACGAAGUUUCGGAUCUUGUCAUCUCCUCCACCACUUCUGCAGCUUCUCUCUGGAAGGUCAUUCACGAUCUCUUUCAUGACAACAAACACGCUCGUGCCAUGCAACUCGAGCACCAAUUCCGCACCACCAUCAAAGGCAACACCCCCAUGGCUACCUACUGUCAGACUCUCUUCAACAUCGCCGAUUGGCUAGAUGAUGUUGAUGCACCGGUAUCACAGCACCAACUCGUUCUUCAGAUGCUACGAGGGCUCCCGGAGGAUCUCCAGGCUCAGACUUCUUUUCUUCAAUUCCAGGACCCGUUGCCUACAUUCCUCCAAGCCCGUUUGGCUCUUCUUUUGUUGGAACGACAACGGACAUCGCUGGACAAUCAUGGAUCGUCGGCCCUCGUCGCACGCUCGGGCAGUUCUCCCCACUCCGGGGGUUAUGGCGGCAGUCACCAGUCGACGGGCAGCAGCUUCUCCGGCGGGUCCCAGGGCAGUUUUGGCAGCGGCAACGGGGAUGGCUCCUCUGGGCAGCGCAGCGGCUAUGGACGGGGUCACGGACGUGGCGGUGGAAACCGGGGACGAGCCUACCUCCUCCUCUACGUGGACGACAUCGUCCUCACUGCCUCCUCAUCAUCACUUCUUCAGAGCCUCAUUCAUCAGCUUAAGACAGAAUUUGCUAUGACAGACAUGGGGGAUCUACACUUAUUUCUUGGCAUUAAUGUUCAGCGCACCUCUGCAGGGCUCUUCCUUCACCAGACUCAGUUCAUACAUGACAUCCUCGAGCGUGCUGGGAUGCUCUCGUGUCGCCCUAUCACUACUCCGAUCGACACGAAGGCCAAACUAUCCUCCUCUACAGGCACAGUACUCCCAGAUCCUUCCUUAUACCGGUCCAUUGUGGGAGCACUACAGUAUCUCACCUUCACACGGCCCGACAUCACUUAUGCAGUCCAGCAGCUCUGCCUCCACCUACAUGCACCCCGCGAUGCUCAUCUCACUGCCAUGAAGCGCGUUAUACGAUAUCUGAGUGGCAUUCAUCUGUCACCAUCUUCCACAGACUUUCUCCAGGCCUACUCUGACGCAGACUGGGCCGGCUGCCCAGACACCAGGCGUUCCACCUCAGGCUACUGCGUAUUUUUGGGGGAUAACCUGGUCUCCUGGUCAUCCAAACGACAGGCAACCACCUCGCGAUCAAGCGCCGAGGCUGAGUACAGGGCUGUAGCCAACGCCAUAGCCGAAACAACUUGGGUGCGCAACCUUCUCCUUGAGCUGCAGCAACCUCUCCGGCGUGCCACCCUUGUCUUCUGUGACAAUGAUAUGCAGACAGGGUCCGUGAUUCAUCGGUCCAAUGAUGCCGGUCCACUCUACCCCAUGAGCCCACCCGCCACCCAUGCCCAAGCCCAUGCUGUCAUCGCUGAUCCAGAACUCUAGCGGCCACCCAAGCCAUAUUGUCCUUCGUGGAGUCCCCAGCUUAUCACAUUGUCUUAAUAAACAAUUUCCAAAUUC